AGCUCUUGCGUCGCGAAUAAGCCGACCUCAAACAGCGGCUGCACGAAAGCGGCUUACUGGCUGCGGUACAAUAACAGACGUCGUCGGUCGUUUCUCCCUCUCCCGCUCUUUUAAACUUCUCUCCGCCACCAACACACGGCGACGAGCCUUAUCGCACUCUUUUUGCUUUCGUUUCUUCCUUGACUCUCAUCUCCGUGUUUACCGCGUUACUGUCGCCAACCCGUAUUGCCUGUCGCUGCUGAGUGUCCGAACAGUGGUAACGCAACACGAAAAACACGUUGUUUUCUUCAGCAUGCCGUCUCCCAUUGUUCUGACCCGGUCCACGCCGGCCCGCGGUCUCAACAUCAAAAUGUUCGACCGCAGAGUGAAGGGGCUGCAGCGGAGCUUCGUUUCUGCCCCAGCGUGUGAUCUGCACAAGCAGUGCGCCGAGCAAAUGUUGGACCGCCGGUCAUUUGUGAAGCGCGACACCCCGGUUGUGCUGGAGGUCGGUGCGCACACCGGCUGGUACUUCCGCCACAUGAUGGAGAAGAAAGAGUUCCACGGACUGAAGCAGUACAUCCAAACCGACAUCUCCGAAGACCGGCUCAACCGCAACUACGCAGAGAUCAAGGACAUCAUCCCGCCCGAGAUUGAGUUUGUGCAGAUCUGCUGCGAUGAGGAGCUAGAGUCGCCCUAUGGAAUCCCCGACAAGUCCGUCGACAUGGUGGUUUCGUGCCUGUCGAUGCACUGGGUGAACGACCUGGAGACGGCCAUGGUGAACGUCCGUAAGGUGCUCAAGAAGGAUGGGUUUUUCCUGAACGCAAUGUUCGGCGGCAACACACUCUACGAGCUGCGCGGGUGUUUCUCGAUGGCGCAGACCGAGGUGCUAGGUGGUGUCUCGCCCCACAUCUCCCCCAUGAUCGACGGCGCCGGACUGUCGACGCUGGUGCUGCAGGCCGGCUUUAGCAUCCCCACCAUCGACCUGGACCGCCACCUCCUCCUCUACGAGACUCCGUUUCACCUAAUGGAGCACCUCUCCGUGAUGGGCGAGAGCGCCUGCCACUACAUGCGCUGCCCCAUGAACCGCGACGUCCUGCUCGGCGUCUGUGCGGCGUACGACACGAUGUACAAAAAGAACGGCCUGACACCGGCGACCUUCGAGGUGUUCCACACCAUCGCGUGGUGUCCGAGUCCGACGCAGGCUAAGCCGCUCGAGCGUGGCAGCGGCCAAAUCCCCCUCGCCUCGUGGAACUCAAAGAACCAGAAGAAGUUGCAAUCCGUGCUGGAGGAAUACGCGCAGAACCCCGAUGACACCAACCUGCAGAUGAAGGCGGAGGAGAUCUUCAAGCAGCUGCGCGAAGAGAGCGCCGAACUGAUGGCGAAGCGCGGUAUCGACGCGCGUGGCUUUGACCGUGAUCGCGACGAGGAACUGAGGCAGAAGGAUGAGAAGCCUCUUCCACCGUUUCAGUGA